AUGGCAAGCUGGGUCUCCCUCCUCCUCUUCCUCGUCUGCCAGUCAACCUCAAAAGCUCAAGAGGAGAGCAGCAACAACAUCCCCAUUCUGGAGUUCACUUCGGAGACCCCCAUCAACAAUGUGGUGCAGGACCCCAAUACCGGUCGCAUCUACCUGGGUGCAGUCAACACCAUCUUUCAGCUGGGGCCGUCACUCCACAAGGAGGCCCAAGCAGAAACUGGCCCCAAACAGGAUGCUCGGACAUGUACGCCUCCUGCUUCAGCCUGCCAGGACACAAAACUCAUGCCCAACCUCAACAAGCUCCUGAUAGUGCAUCCGUCCAACGGGACCCUCAUUGUCUGCGGCAGCCGCUACCGAGGCAUCUGCUCCCUCCUGAACCUGACCAACGUGGGACAGCAGCUGUAUUACAGUGACAGUAAAGGAGAGAGGACUUAUGUGGCUAGCAUAGAGGACAAUGUGAACGUGGUGGGCGUCAUGUCCACCUUCUCGAAAGAUGGACAUACCUUCAGUGUGUUUCUUGUUGGGAAGGGCUACGGAAGCCUGGACAGUACAAAACUUAUCAGCACACGAAUCCUUCAGGACUUUCGUGAUUGGGUUGUGUUUGAGAGCAUCAUUGAGGCAUCUACGGUACAGACUACACCAUUUGUUCCCAAGUACCUGCAUGACUUCCGUCAUGCCUUCAAAGAAGAUGGUUUUGUUUAUUUCCUCUUUUCACGGACACUUGACGGUACGGAUAACAAAAACCUGACUUUUGUAUCUCGUCUUUGUGAAGAAGACCCCCACUACUAUUCCCACACGGAGCUUCAGUUGAACUGUGGUCCAAAUAACCGAUACAACAAAGUGCAAGCUGCGUAUGUGGCUUCUCCAGGAAAAGAGCUGGCUCGGGUCAUGACUGAAUCAGGUACGUACGGGAAGGUCUUCUCCUGGAAUAAAGUUCUGUUCAUGGUGGCAACUCCAGAUGAUGAUGACAACGACUCGGCUCUCUGCAUGUAUCCACUCAACGCCAUCAAUGAGCGGCUAGUGGAUAUCAUCAGCGCCUGCUAUAGUGACUCUGGGAAAAUUUCCGGGUUUCCUGCUGUGGAUAUCCCCUACUCAUCUAAAACUGAUGAAUUCUGCACGUCAAAAAUUUCGAAGGACACCUUGAAAAACUUCAAGUGUGGUGCGGACUUUCUGCCUUCACCCCUGGCCAGCAAGCCAAGAUUCGCCUUAAAGGCAGAUGCAGUAUUGACCAGGCCAGGCCUACUGACUGCUGUGGCUAUAGCUAUGGAGAAUGAUCACACCAUCGCUUUCCUGGGAAACAGCCAGGGAGAGGUCUUCAAGGUACACCUGACCACAGAACCAUAUGUGUACAGCAAAACUCCUGGUGACACAAUAGGAGAGAAGGUCAACAAGAACCUUUUCUUUGACCUCAGCCAAAGCCACCUCUACAUUACAACUGAGAAAAAGAUCACCAAGGUGCCGGUGCAGACGUGCCUCCAAAAGACAGACUGCCAAUCAUGUGUGGAAAUGAUGGACCCUUACUGUGGUUGGUGUGUCCUGGAGGGCAGGUGUACCAGAAGGUCUGAGUGCCGACGGGCAGAGGAGAAGAAUGGCUGGCUGUGGAGCCCAAGGCAGCAGUGUGUCAAGAUUGUCUCCUUCUUUCCCCCGAACCUUUCCUGUAAAAAGACUCAGAAGGUUAAGAUCAACAUCCCCUCCCUUCCUAGCAUCGGGCCCUCUGACCGUCUGCACUGCACCAUUGACUCUUUCCAGUGUGAAGGCACCAUGUCUGACUCUGGUCAGGUCUCCUGUGACCUUCCUCGCCCCUCACUUAUACCACAAACACCUGAGGACCAAGACUUUGUGGCUGUGGCAGUCAAGAUCUUCGUCAACGAGACGGUGCAGCUAGCCACGCGGGAGUUCAAGUUCUACAACUGUGCCGCCACAGUGAGGAAAUCUGAAAACACACCGUGUAUGUCAUGUGUGGCCAGUUCAUGGGGUUGCCAGUGGAACACACGUGACCACACCUGCAGCGACAUGGAUGACGUGAUUGGUCCUAACAUCAUCAAGCACCGUCAGGGAGCAAAGUGUCCUCAGUUUGAGAAUCCAGAUCCUGUGCUCAUCCCUGUGGGCUACAAGACACGGAUCAGCUUUGAGGGGAUAAAUUUGGACCUUUACCAGGGCCGUAUUUUCACCAUUGGCACUGAACUGAUGAGAAAUGUGGAAGAAGAGGUCAACUUUGAGGACGGGCCUUUCUACACUUUCAGUGGCUUCAAUUUUUCCUACAAUAAGUCACCGGAGACCAAUGUUCUUUUCUACGUGAAAGACAAGGAGUCAGGGAAGAAGAUGGACAGCACACUGAACGUCACCCUGUACAACUGCUCCAUGGGAAGGGAGGACUGUAGUCUCUGUAAAAAUGCCGACCAAAAGUACAAGUGUGUGUGGUGUGCCAAGCAGAAGGCAUGCGUGUACGAGAAACUGUGCAGUCCUGACCAACAUGGGUCCGAGGAUCCCAACAACACAGAGUGCCCCGACCCCAAGAUCACUGAUAUCAUCCCUCUAUUCGGUCCCAUGCGGGGAGGCAUCUCCAUCACCAUCCGUGGCUCGAACCUAGGCAUCCACAAGGACGACAUUAAAAGCAUCACUGUGGUCGGGGAGCCCUGUAUUCAUCAGAAAGAGAAGUACUCUGUCUCCACUAGCGUGGUGUGUGAGAUUGGCCCUCGUGAUCGUAUGAAAUCCCUCUGGGGCCAGGUGGAAGUGGAAGUGAAGGGAGGAAAGAGAGGAACCUCCUCCAUGUACUUCACCUACAGGGACCCUAUUCCCGAGGAGGUGAAACCAGCUAGAGGUCCCAUAGCCGGCGGCACCCUCAUUACAAUUUCUGGACAAUUUCUGGACACAGGCAGUAAAGAUGAUGUCCAGGUUACUAUUGGAGUGGUGGACUGCACUGUGGAGCAGUUUGGACAAAAAAUCACCUGCAGGACAGGAGAAUACCGAGCAGAUAAGGUGCCCUCCGAGCUUCUCACAGUCACAGUGAAGUACGGAAAGAGUACCAUAACAACCAUCCCAAGUGCCUUCCAGUUCUUGGAAAACCCCAUCGUGCUGGACCACCAGCCUAAAGGAAGCUUUGUCUGUGGAGGAAGGAACAUUGUGGUGACUGGUUCAGGCUUUGACUUAAUCCAGACGGCCAUCAUGAAGGUCCAGGGAGACAACGCGGCAGCUUUUGAGGAUGCCCAGGAGAAGAACGACACAGUCAUCCAGUUUAAAUCCCCAACAGUUAACAAUUCCCUGUACCAUCACUGUAAAACAUACAUCAAGCUGGACAACUGGGAGAAGGAACUGAAGCCCUUCGACUACCACCCUGACCCUACCUUCAACGAGCUGACUAAGAAGACCUUCACAGAGACCGGCAUCAUCAUUGUCACUGGUCGAGGAUUCUCCAAAGCGAUGACAGCCAAAGAGGCACAAGCGUUUGUGGGCGAUGUUCCCUGUCUGGUUAACACUCUUCAGGAUGACAAGCUGUUCCUGGACCCACCUUCCACCCCGCCCCGCGCUCGCUCCAGACGGCACCGUCGGGACACUCGGCCUGAGCUGCUCGAUUUAACGAUCAAGUUUGGGAAAGGGGAGUGGGUGGUCGGCUCAGUGCGGUACGAGCAGAGGAAUGAUUUGUCACUCUACAUCAUCAUCCCUGCUGUCAUUGUGCCCAUGCUGCUCAUCAUUGCUAUCUCUGUCUACUGCUACAGGAGAAAGAGUCAGCAGGCAGAGAGGGAAUAUGAGAAGGUGAAACACCAACUAGAGAACCUGGAAGAGAGCGUUCGAGACCGCUGCAAGAAAGAAUUCACAGACUUGAUGAUUGAAAUGGAGGACCACACCAAUGACCUGAGCGAGGGAAGAAUCCCCUUCCUAGACUACAAGACCUACACAGACCGCGUCUUCUUCCUGCCCUCUAAGGAUGGUGCCAAUGAUGUGAUGAUCACAGGGAAGCUGGACAUCCCAGAGGCUCGACGGGCCACAGUGACCCAGGCACUCAACCAGUUCUCCAACCUCCUGAACUCCAAGACCUUCCUCAUUAAUUUUAUCCGUACCCUGGAGCGCAGUCAUGACUUCAAUGCCAGGGCCAAGGUAUAUUUUGCCUCCCUGCUGACAGUGGCUCUGCACGGGAAACUGGAAUACUACACUGAUAUCAUGAGAACACUGUUGCUGGAGCUGAUGGAGGAAUACGUCAACAGCAAGAACCCCAAGCUCAUGCUGCGCAGGUCAGAGACGGUUGUGGAGAGGAUGCUAUGCAACUGGAUGUCUAUCUGCCUUUACCAGUUUUUGAAGGACUCUGCAGGCGAACCCUUGUACAAACUGUUCCGAGCUAUCAAGCACCAGAUCGAGAAAGGGCCAGUGGAUGCCAGAGUGAAGAAAGCCAAAUACACCCUCAACGACACAGGCCUGUUGGGCGACGACGUAGAGUACUCUGUCCUGACCCUGCAAGUGCUGGUGCAUGGCGAGGGCCCAGAUGUGACGCCCGUCAAGGUGUUGAACUGUGACACCAUCUCACAGGUGAAAGAGAAGAUCAUAGAGCAGGUGUACAGGAACCUCCCGUACUCCCUGCGGCCCAAGGUCGACUGUGUCACGCUGGAGUGGCGCCCGGGCUCAACAGGGCAGAUUUUGUCAGAUCUGGACUUGACCUCCCAGAAAGAGGGGAGGUGGAAACGCAUCAACACUCUGGCACACUACAAUGUGCGAGAUAAUGCCACAUUAGUCUUGUCCAGAGCGCCUCACCCUCCGCAGAAUUAUGACCAGAACCAGGAAAACCACGAGGAGCGGAAUGCUCUGUUGGAUGAUGACAAGGUGUUUCACUUGGUGAGGCCAGCAGACGAACUGGAUGAGAUCAAGUCUAAACGGGGCAGCAUAAAGGACAAGUCAAUGACCAAAGCCAUUACAGAGAUCUAUCUGACACGACUCCUUUCUGUCAAGGGAACACUGCAGCAGUUUGUGGAUGACUUCUUCCGCAGCGUGCUGUGCUCUGGGGCAGUAGUGCCACCGGCUGUCAAAUAUUUCUUUGACUUCCUGGAUGAGCAGGCGCUGAAACACAACAAUGUGGAUGAGGAGACCAUCCAUAUCUGGAAGACUAAUAGUCUGCCUCUGCGCUUCUGGGUGAACAUCCUCAAGAAUCCCCACUUCAUCUUUGACGUCCAUGUGUCUGAAGUGGUGGAUGCCUCGCUCUCUGUCAUCGCCCAGACUUUCAUGGAUGCCUGCACUAAGAGUGAGCACAAACUCAGCCGGGACUCUCCAAGUAACAAACUACUCUAUGCAAAGGAGAUCUCCACCUAUAAAAAGAUGGUGGAUGAUUACUACAAGGGCAUCAGGCAGAUGGUAUCCGUCAGUGACCAGGACAUGAACACCCACCUGGCAGAGGUGUCACGGUCUCACACAGACAAACUGAACACACAAGUGUCUCUCCAUCAGCUUUACCAGUACGCCAGCAAAUACUAUGAUGGGAUUGUGGCAUCCCUAGACGAGGACCCAGCUGCACAGAAUAAACAGCUGACCAUGCGGCUCCAGCAGAUAGCAGCCGCCCUGGAAAACAAAGUGACUGAUCUCUAACCCACUGAAUGGCGGGAAUGGGUGGGGGGGUUGGGGGGUGAUAGGAUACCGCCAGUGACUA